AUGUCACUCACAACUUGGGUUCUAGCAGUGUCGACCAGCACCGUUGCCUACUUGUACCUGCUGCAUCGUUCUCUGAAGAAUGACCUGGAGCACGAAGAAUUCCGAGGUCCACUCUGCAACUCUCCUUCUGCCAUGACGACCAUCCCCCCGGACAUCCUCAAGUCCUCUCACGACUGUCUGUACGAGAAAGUCACUCGUCGUGUCCCACGCCAGCUCCUCCCCACCACCCACCAACCCUCCGACCUGCUCACUAUUCUCCUUCGUCGAAACAUGUCUGCUUUUGCCUACUUUCCUCAAGCCUAUAUGCAUUGGUUUCUUAGCGGUUCAGCAUCCCGCGCGACUUUCUCUCCCUCCCUCAUCCGUAGCCUGGAAUUCCAGCGCGGCGACAUCAUCUGCGGCUUCUACCGCGUGGCAGACCGUCGCCCUACUAGCGUGGAGUUUGAGAUCUGCCACCAGGCCGGGGAGAUCGAGGGUCGACUGCUGUUGCGAUUCUGGGAUGAAGCUAAAGAAGUAGUCUUUGCAAGCGAGUGUGCCCUUUGGACAACGAAGGCGGACGGAUCGUCGCUGCAGGAGACAAUGCCUUUGAGGAAUCCCAUCUGGCGCUUCUUUCACGAGCUGGCCUCCUGGUGGCUGCUGGACUCUGGAGUGCGAUACCUGGUCGACUUGUCAAUGGACGAGGAGUGA